CCAUUCAAAUUACUUUCACGUCGCCCUUUUUGUAAUGAAACAAGAGAAUUCAACUAAUAAUAUUAAUGAAUACGAUCGACCGUACGAAGAGGAACUAGCACGUUAUCCUUUUUCUCUUCGAACAUGGUUACGAUAUAUCGACCAUAAACAACAAGGUGCUUCCAGCUUUGAAGAUGUUUGCCAAUUGUAUGAUCGUGCCUUGAAGGAAUUACCCGGGUCUUAUAAAUUAUGGAAACAAUAUUUAGACAUGCGACGUAAUCGACUACAAGGUGUGCAUCCUAUAUCUUGUCAAUAUCGAUAUAUAGAAAUGAAUCAAUAUUAUGAAAAAGCUCUUGUUCUUUUGAACAAAAUGCCUCGGAUAUGGUUAGAUUAUUUACAGUUUUUGACAACUCAACCCAUCAUCACUCAAACAAGACGUACCUUUGAUCGAGCCUUACGUGCCUUACCUGUAACUCAACAUACUCGCAUUUGGGAUGUUUAUUUAGAAUUCUCUCAAGCAGCUGGUCCUGAAACUGCCAUUCGUGUCCUUCGACGAUAUCUCAAAUUGGAGCCUCAACAUGUAGAACAUUACAUCGAUCAACUGAUAAAAAUUGACCAUUAUGACGAAGCAGCCAUCAAAUUAGUACAAGUUGUCAACGAUCAUGACUUCAAAUCUAUCCGUGGUAAAUCAAAUUAUCAAUUAUGGCAAGACUUGUGUGAUCUUGUAGUAGAUCAUUGUGAUCAUAUUCAUUCUAUCAAUGUUGAAGCAAUCAUUAGAAGUGGGAUCAAAAGAUUUACAGAUCAAGUGGGAAUAUUAUAUUGUCGAUUAGCCAUGUAUUGGAUCAAAAUGGGUCAAUUAGAAAAAGCCCGUGAUAUUUUUGAAGAAGGCAUUACCACAGUGUCGACAGUACGCGACUUUACUGCUAUUUUUGAUGCAUAUGCUGAAUUCGAAGAAGAAAUGAUUACAACCAAAAUGGAAUUGGCGGCCGAACGUGAAGAAUCUGGAGAAAAAAGCCUGGAGGAUGAUUUAGACUUGGAUUUACGACUGGCUCGUUUUGAACGUUUAAUGGAUCGACGAGCUUUCUUGGUUAAUGAAGUACUUUUACGACAAAAUCCAAAUAAUGUCAUGGAAUGGGAAAAGCGAGUUUCCUUAUGGGGUGAUCACAAAGAUAAAGUGGUGGAAACAUAUACACAAGCAUUACAAACAAUCAAUCCCAAGAAAUCACACGGCAAGUUACAAUCCUUAUGGUCACAGUUUGCUAAAUUUUACGAAGACAAUGGUGACCUGGAUGCGGCACGUGCUAUAUACGAAAAAGCAGUCAAGGUGAAUUAUCGUACUGUCAAUGAUUUGGCAGAAAUAUGGUGUGAAUAUGCAGAAAUGGAAACACGACAUGAUGAAUUUGAUAGGGCUCUUCAGGUGAUGGCGCAUGCAACUUCUAUACCUCGAAGUAUCUCUAGUGGUAACAAGAAUCCCAACUUGGUCAACUUCCACGAUGAAUCUUUACCUGUACAACAACGUGUUUUCAAAAGUCUGCAGCUCUGGAGUUUCUAUAUUGAUUUGGAAGAAAGUGUUGGUUCGGUGGAAUCUACCAAAGAAGUCUACAACAAGGUCAUGGAAUUACGGAUCGCUAAUCCUCAAGUUGUUGUGAACUACGCUACCUUUUUGGAAGAACACCAAUACUUUGAAGAAGCAUUCAAGGUAUAUGAACGUGGUAUUGAAUUGUUUGGAUGGCCUAUUGCGUUUGAAUUGUGGAAUAUCUAUUUACCUCGAUUUAUGGAUCGUUAUGGUGGUACCAAAUUGGAACGUGCUAGAGAUCUUUUUGAACAAGCUAUUGAUAAAUGUCCUCCCAAGUAUGCUAAACCCAUCUAUUUGAUGUAUGGAAAGUUAGAAGAAGAUUAUGGAUUAGCUCGACAUGCAAUGCGAAUUUAUGAUAGAGCAACUACAGCAGUGGAUGAUAAGGAUCGAUUAGAGAUGUUCCAAUUUUAUGUUGCAAAAGCUACAGCAUCCUUUGGUAUUGUGUCAGCACGUGAAAUCUAUGAAAAGGCCAUUGAAGCAUUACCUGACAAGGAUGUACGUGUAAUUUGUUUGAAAUAUGCUGAUUUAGAACGUAAACUAGGUGAAAUCGAUCGUGCAAGAGCAAUCUAUGGUUUUGCUUCUCAAUUCUUUGAUCCCAAGGCUUUCCCUGACUUUUGGCAAACAUGGCAUGAUUUUGAAGUCCAACAUGGUAAUGAGGAUACCUUCAAAGAAAUGCUUCGUAUCAAGCGAUCUGUUCAAGCUCAAUUCCCUCUUUAAAUACAACAAAAGGAAAUAUCAUCAAUAUUGGUUGACAAGAAGCAAUCUAGUUUAGUUGAUUGAUUUAUUUAUUAUUAUUAUUACUAUUAUUAUAUAUUUUUUAC